UUGCUUGUUUUGCUUGUGCUUGAUGCUCUUUUUCAGAAAAAUAAAUAAAAAUAUUUAAGGAGUAUAUGGUUACAAAGAGAACAUUUAAUAGGAGAAAGAGCUUGACAAUCUUCUCAAUAAUAAAUUUAUUUUUUGUGUUUUUUAACCUAAAAAUGAAUUUUUUUAAGAAAUAAGGAGCUUUUCUUGGCAUAAAUCGCCAUUUAAGUCUAGCCCCGAGAAGGCACCGAUCCUGCGGCCUUCCUGGCAUUACUAGGGGCUACUGAGUCAUUCACCAGCUGAAUGGCAGCCUUCUUCACCUCACCUUCUUUUUUUAAAAAUAGAUCUUAAGCCCCCGCUUAGUAAGCGUUUUAAAUGAUAGUCAGCUUGAUCUCUCCCUACAUUUUAUAAUUUUUGUUAAGGUGCCUGGCAGAAUCUUUAUUAAAAAAUUUUUUAGCUAAAGCUAGGUUAUAAUUUAAACAAGCUAUGGAUUAUAUAAACAAUUUUGUUCUUCGUUAUCGCCAAAAUCGAAAAAUGCUUCUUGCCAUUGUUUAUGUAGCAAUAUUUUUGGACAACAUGUUGUUAACAACUGUGGUACCAAUAAUCCCUGAGUAUUUAUUGCGUAUCCAGCACCCAAAUUCAACAGAUUUACUUUUAAACGAUAAAAUAGAUGAUUUUUCUUUAAAUGGAGAUGAAUUACAAUUGUAUGAAAAUCAACGAAGAAAACGUCAAACUUUGUCUUGGGAUAGUCCUGAUUGGGAUGAUAAUAAUGAUUUUAAUGAAAAGAAGGAAUUGAGGAGAAAGUCAAAAAUGACAACACCAAUGAUUAUGAAGCACUUCCUGGAGCAAUUAAUAUUGGACAAAAUGCAAGAAGAAAACAGCCAAUUAGAUGACGACAAUUUUUAUAUACAACCAAAAUUAAAUUCAAAAUUUUCAAGAAAAAAUUCCACAUUAAAACAACAACAACAAAAUUAUCGUCUACAAAAAGAACGUUUGCGACAUGAAACUUUAGCAGAUGAAAAUGUUCACGUUGGAUUAAUGUUUGGGUCAAAAGCUUUAAUCCAAUUGAUUACAAAUCCUUUAAUUGGACCGUUGACGAAUAAGAUUGGUUAUACAGUACCAAUGUUUGGCGGCUUCAUUAUUUUAUUUCUGUCAACAUUGCUUUUUGCAUUUGGAAGUUCUUUUAGCUCGCUUUGGUUGGCUAGAGCUUUACAAGGUAUGGGAAUGCUUGCCCAAGCUUAUCCAGAUGAUGCUGAACGUGGAAGUGCAAUGGGUAUUGCUUUGGGUGGAUUAGCUUUGGGCGUACUUGUUGGGCCGCCUUACGGAGGUUUGCUUUAUCAAUGGGCAGGAAAGGAACUUCCUUUCAUUUUACUUGCUUUGCUUGCAUUGUUUGAUGGAACUGUUCAAUUUUUACUGCUACAACCUAAAAUUGAUAGAGGAGAACCUGAAGGAACAGCAAUUUUGGAAUUAAUUAAGGACCCUUAUAUUGUGGUUGCCGCAGGUUCAAUAACUAUUGGAAAUUUGGGUAUUGCAAUACUUGAACCUUCCCUGCCUCCUUGGAUGAUGGAAAGUUGGUCUGCUUCAAUAUCUUAUAUGAUUGGAACUAAUAUAUUUGGACCUUUAGCUCACAAAAUUGGAAGAUGGUUGAGUACAUUUAUUGGAAUUGUUGUAAUUGGAUUUUGUUUAAUUUUGAUUCCUUCAGCAGAAUCAAUUUAUGGACUUGUCUUACCUAAUUUCUUUAUGGGAUUCUCUAUUGGGAUGAUUGAUGCUUCAAUGUUUCCAAUGAUGGGUUACAUUGUUGAUAUUCGUCAUGUUGGUGUUUAUGGUUCAAUUUAUGCGAUUGCUGAUGCUGCUUUUUGUUUUGCUUUUUUUCUUGGGCCGUUCUUUAGUGGACCUCUUGUGAGGUCUGUUGGCUUUCCUACGUGA